AUGGACGAAACACGCCGUCAUGACCUGCGACCAGGCACCAGCUGGACAUUCACGCUCGACACCUCCCAAUGUGAUGCUCCCAUUGACGACACAAAAGGACUGCCAGUCGGCGUUCAGCCCGGCCUUGGGCUGGGCCUCCGAUGCCCCGGACCCCGGACGGGAGCAUUUUUCGUGCAUGUGCAAUCGGGAGAGUCAUCGUCCGAAGCGGUCCCUGAACACCACCCGGGCACAGCAUCCGCCGCCCUUGGCCCCGUGACACCGAGAAAUGCAUUUGUGCAUAUCCCCCUGGUUUCCGACCCGAGGUCGUGUAGAGCAACGGCAUUUGACCAAUUGUUCGUCUCCCAUUUCGUCGAAUCAUUCGGCCAAUUGAGCGGCGUGAGGUUCCCCAUCUCCCCCAACGCCAACUGGCUGGAAAGGCUACCGCAAUAUACAUCAUCCCCCGGAAACUCACUUGCCAAAACAUCCAUCCGCUCCGCAUCAAUGCUGAGCUACGCGACAUGGGCCCGCGAUAGGUCGAUUCAGACGGAAGCGUACAAGUGGUAUGCCAGAGCACUGGCAGGCUUGCAGGCGGCGCUGUCGCACACAGCGCCAGCAGCAACCGAAUCCAAUGUAUGCUCUGCCGUCAUGCUCAUUCACUUUGAGACAUGGGCGGACACUGCCGAGGGUGCCUGGCUCAAACAUGUUCACGGCGCGUCAACUCUGCUAGAGGCCGCGGGACCACGUGCCUGUCACGAGGGCUUCAUGCACAGGAUAUUUUGCCAUCUACGAUUCCAAGCGUUCAUCGCCACCAUGUACGAGAACAAGCUCUCGGGGUUUGCCUCGCCUGAAUGGACGUGCAUCCCGUUUGAGAUUCACCCCCCCAACGUGUUUGACCAAAUAGUUACGAUUUUAUUUGACGUUCAGGCGUGUUUGGCCACCGCCCAUGGGGUCACACGAACGCGUGACUUGGCGGCAAGGGCCAAAGUGCAAUUGAGAGCGUUGGCCGAAGCAACCGUGGCCAAGCUGUUGCAGUGGGAACAGCAGUUUAUGCCACCCUCGACGACUCAAGAGAUGAAUGGCAUCUGUAAAGACAGUUGGCCAUCGGCUUCUUCGCCCUCGCCACCAACAGGACCCAGUGCCGCCCAUGAUAGGUUCCCACCGGCUCAUUUCACGAGUAUGCCGGAAGCGGCUUUGCUGUCCCUGUAUCACGCUGCUUGUAUAGUUGCCUGCCGCUUACUAGCCGUGGUGCGAGACGACGUAGCCGAUGGCGAUGGACUGCUGGUGCACACCCAGGAGAUUAUACGGGCUUACAAGUUUGUGGAAAGGGUUACGGACAAGGCGCCUACCAGUAAUUUGGGGCCGGUAAUGAUGGUUCCGCAGCUGAAGAUGGCGUCGUUGUGGGGUGUUGACGAGAGUCAAAGAGUGAUGGCUAUGCGCAUGUUGAAACGAGUCGGUCGGCAUCAGAGCUUCGCCCUUGGAGACAUUGGGGACUUGCAAGACGGUUAUUUUGCGAGCGUGGCGUCUUGGGCGGUGGCGUUGACUGAUUUGGUGGACUGUGGGCGCUCUUGCGAGACUGUCGAGAAUUGA